AGACAGUAGUUUAUCACAUCCAAACACAAAGCAACACAAAAACAUAUUUGCUCUCUACUCUAUAGUUUCAUAUACAAUUGUCUAUAGUAAUCCAAAAAAAAGAUGGCAAUUAUCAAAAACAAACACGUUACCUUCUCAUUAGUCUUGUUGUGUCUCAUUGUGGUGUCUCCAAUGGCUAAGGCUCAGUUACUUAAUCUUGUCAAUGUCCCCCUUGUCACUGGGGUUCUAUCUUGCACUGUCAAUGGCGCCCCUCUCAAUGGCACUUCCACUCUGGCUUUCGUUAAUGCGAUCGUCCAGCUCCAGUGCGGAAGCCAAAACACAGUCGUAUCGGAAACGACUACUAACGUUGCCGGAAUAUUCAUGCUUUCUACAAACGCACUUUCGAUUCCCGCAAUCCUCAGCGGCUGCCGUCUCGUCGUCCCAACCCCUCGCGCCAGCUGCAACGCCACCCUCCCUUCCACCGGACAACUCGUAUCCCCGUUAAACCUCGUCGGCAGCCUCGUCUCUGGUAUCCUCAACAUAGCCCCUAUCGUCCCAGCUGGAUUUGUCCCCACAAAUUAACUAAUUCCAAACAUAAAGUACUAUAUACUUUAUGUUGGAAUACCGUGUAUUUCCCUUCUGUUUUGUGUUUUGUGUCAUGACCAUCGACGUUUGUUUGCGUAUGCAUGCAUCAAUAAGGUCAAGUUUAUGUCUCAGUCUUUAAAAUAAAAGCUCUUGUAACUUCUGUUUUCAGGUGUUGCAUGCAUAAUGCUGUAAUGAAAUGUAAUAAAUAUUUUCCGUUUUCUAUAUAA